UAAUCAAUGGGAUCUUGCUCCUCAAAAAAAAUGUAAACUCACCAUUCUUUACAUCUGAAAUCGUUAUCAACUUGUGGUUAUGCCCAAACUCGAAUGUCUUGGGCGAAUAAAUUUUUACAGUUACCUAAAGAAAAAAUCAUACAGCCCUACAAUCCAAACAGUUCAUAUACUAUUUAUAUCAUUAGACCUUCAAAUUUAGUAUGAUGUAGAAAUAGAAGGUGUAAUUUUUGACGUCAUUGCUCCUCCAGACCUUUUAGAUGAUAACUUGGACCCUAUUGAAGAGGAAGAAUGAAAACCGUAAUAUUAAUACCAAC